AUGUCAGUCAGGCCCGAUAACACCGAUCAAAUGUCCACGUGCCCAAUCUUGAAGAACCAGAUGUACUCCGGUGAAUGGAUUCUUAUAAUCUACGGAAACAACGGACCUCUUGGGACUUACGAAGAUCCAUUCGCAUACCAACGAAACCUCUACCUGAAUUGCGGUCCGCAGCAGACGUCGACCAUCACGCCUACGGUAACAUACACCAUCACCUCAACACCAACAGAGAUCAUCACAGCAACCUCCACCGUGUUUGAAACUGAGACUUUCGACCCAACGACGACCUACACCAUCCCCUCGAAAACCGCAAGAAGGACUUACACCAUCCGGCCCAAGCCCGUCAUAGAAUGGAUAACAAAAACGGCGACCAGGCGCAAAACCACUCACACCAAGAGCCAAAGCAUCAUAACCAAGACCAAGACGGCAUCCUGCACGGUUCCGCCGCGUCCUCAGAAACCCGAUCCGACAUGCACUAUCACGCCCAAGAGAGUCACGCCUGCUGCGCUCGCCACGCCGACAGGAUCGCCCCACAGGCGUGCCGACAUGCCCAUUGACAUCAACGUGGCUCGCCGGCGCAUCCAGGAGGCAAGAAGACGUGCCUGGAUGGUGCAGAAUCUAGAGGAACGCGCCGCAGAUGAGCCGGUCAUUACGGUGACUGCCAAAGAGCCUGUAAACAGCACGAUGACCGAAACGGCGGCGCCGACCACGACUACUGAGCUAAGCUAUCUCACUUCCAAGGUUGCGACGUGA